GAGUUGGCUACACUGCUCAUGUUUCUGGUUCUUCUGUAAUUUCUUUAGGAAAGGGAAGAAAAUAACAAUGGCGGACGCUGCUCCAGCCGCACGCGGUGGUUUUCGUGGAGGUUUUGGUUCUCGCGGAGCGGGUGGUGAUCGCGGCGGCCUGAGGGGUCGAGGUGGUAGAGGCAGAGGCAGAGGACGCGGCCGUGGACGCGGCAAAGAGGACAGCAAGGAAUGGGUUCCCGUCACCAAACUGGGCCGCCUGGUAAGAGAUGGCAAGAUUCAAUCUCUUGAGCACAUCUACCUGUUCUCCUUGCCUAUCAAGGAGUAUGAGAUCAUUGACAAGUUCCUUGGACCAGAACUGAAGGACGAGGUUUUGAAGAUUAUGCCGGUACAAAAACAGACACGAGCUGGUCAACGUACACGUUUUAAGGCUUUUGUUGCCAUCGGAGAUAGCAAUGGACAUAUCGGACUGGGAGUGAAAUGCUCCAAGGAAGUGGCCACUGCAAUUCGCGGCGCUAUCAUCCUUGCCAAACUAUCUGUCGUACCAGUUCGACGCGGUUACUGGGGCAACAAGAUCGGCAAGCCACACACGGUACCAUGCAAGGUGACUGGUAAAUGUGGUUCCGUACAGGUGCGGCUGAUACCUGCGCCUAGAGGUACUGGCAUUGUAUCUGCCCCAGUCCCCAAAAAGCUCCUUCAGAUGGCUGGCAUCGAGGAUUGCUACACCUCGGCCAGGGGCUCAACCUGUACCCUUGGCAACUUUGCCAAGGCCACUUACGCCGCAAUCGCCAAGACUUACGCAUAUCUAACACCUGAUCUGUGGAAGGAGCAGGCUCUGGCUAAGGCGCCAUAUCAGGAAUUCGCUGACUAUUUGUCCAAGACACACAAAGGAGGCGCGAGAGCGGCCGAAGUUGUGUAAAUAAAUCCAGCCUUCAUGAGAGUGCUUUAAAUAAAAAAUGUACACAUUUUUUUCCAA